AGUGAGUCUUGUCGUGAGAUUUAAAAUUCUUGGUAUCAUGACGAAUACUUUCUCGCUGCGCGAAUCUUAUAGCGACUCUUGGCAUGGCAGCAAGACGAAAUCGACGAGUCUAAAACUUAAAGUCUUGCAGGGAGUCACGAUAGCGAUUCAUAGCUCGACUUUCACGACUCACGCGGAUCGCGAUAAGAAAAAUUGUCGCGACGCGAUCGCGAAGUAGGAUUUUUUCCAAAAAUAAGAAUUCAUCGCGAUCGCGCCGCGAUACUGAGACUUUUUAAUGAUCGCUAUAAGAAAAAAUUGUCGUGACGUGAUCGUGUUCGACUCUUAUUUUUCUGAAAAAGAGUUCGUUUUUCAUGACCAGAAGUAAACCGACUAUGGAAAAAUGCGACAUACUUCCAGUUUUUUCUGUUUCCUACACUAGUAAAGAAACACAUACAAUUUGUGUCGGAUACCUACCACUUUAAAACUCGUCUAAUGUUCUACAAAGUAAGCUAUAUAUGAUAUCUCGAACAGUGGGUUCAAGUUUAAGCGUGGUGCUGAAAGUCCCUGGACUGGUAUUAGGGGCCCUCAGAUGAUCUUUAAGUAGAUAAAAACAUAAGUUAUCGAUCAUACCGAAUCUUGUGGCAAUGUUUUGUUUUUAGAAGAGGUGGGUAAACCUAGUGAAACUGAGUUUCGAGGAAAAUCUACCAAUUCAGUGUUAAUAUAUCCCAUACAGAAACAGCUCAAUUUUGUUGAGUUUUAUUAUACAGAAUACGCUAGAUGUUGCAUCAUGUUAUAAUUAGUGCUUAUCACGCCAAUAAGAGCGCUACUGUAAGAACAAAUUUUCUUAAAUCUACUGGAAUGUUUGGAUGAGUAAAGGGUUUCAUCAAAACUUCUACGAUCACUUGAAAACAUAGUCUAUCAGUUAACAGCAAUCGAAUAAAAAUACCCGUCUCAUCAACACUUAAAAUUCAUAUGGACCUAGUAGCAGCUGAAUCUCACUAUCUAUUAAUCGAAGAAUGGCAUUGCUUUAAGCUUCAAUGUUUUUGUUUUUGACUAUUAAAUCUAAAUCCGAUCAAAGUUCUUUCGGUUGAUACUUUCAUUGAGUGGCUGUGAGCUUUUUUGAUUAUUAUGUUAAACACUCAAGUAUUGAGAGUAUAAACGUUCGUUCAGCUAAAAGUGUACUUUCAAUCUUUGUUGACAGCUAUAUGCAGCCCGUCACCAGGCUGUCUAAAUGGAGGUACGUGUACAUCGCCCAACGUUUGUCAGUGUUAUAUUGGUGGCUUUGGAAACCAAUGGCAAGGCUCCGUCUGUCAAGAUCAUUUGCCGAGUAUCAUUACUCAGACGAGUGACACAUAUUAUGCCAUUUGUUACACAGUUGCCGGCGGUGACAGUACAGCAUCAACACCCGGUUCCGGCGCUUGUCAAUAUACCCACGGCGCAUUGGAUGAAAAUCCAUUGCAGGCUGUGGAUGGUAAUGUGAACACCAAAUAUUUGAAUUAUGGUUAUGGUUCAUCAUCUCAAUCAAGUUCAACACAGGGCACGAAUACUGGGUUUUACGUCACACCACUUAAUGGUAUUUCGGUGUUGAAAGGCAUACUGUUUGCCACUGCUAAUGAUUCUCCUGAACGAGAUCCAAUUACUUGUACUGUCGAAGGCAGUAAUUAUGGCUCAUCAUCACUGUCAUAUGGCUGGGCUUGGACUCUCAUUUAUUCUGGCACUACAGGUAUUCCAGGUGGCUACGAUCCUGGUCGAUUGAUAUAUAUGUCAUCAGUGGCAAUUAGCAACAAUGUUUAUUAUACAUCUUAUCGAAUAUUGAUUACUUCACAACGUGGAGUGGCUAAUAGUGUACAAUAUUCAGAAGCGCAUCUGCUCGGCUAUUAA